AUUCACAAACACAAGACACAACAUGCCUUCUCUACUUUUAUCUGUUUCCUCUUAAAUAUCUCCUCUCUCUUUCUGAUCACCUUAUUUAUUACCUCCCUUAUUCCACCUCCAUUUUCCUCCUCAAAUCUAGACAAAAUGUCCGCCUUUUUCCCUCAGUCUCCGCCUCUCCCAAUGCCUUUCACCGCCACCGUCAACGGCGGAGCUAUUCCCAACACCGCCAUGACUCAACCUAUUGAUAACACUGCCGUUAUCAAUGAUCAAACUCCUUCAUCAUCAUCAUCGUCUUCCUCUUCGUCGUUCAUUAUUGUCGUUAUUGUGAUUGCCUCUGCUAUUAUCGUUUCUGCUUCUAUAUACCUCAUCCUUCGCCUUCUCUCCCGGCGGUUCCACCGCUCCUUCCGUACAUACGCCACCGCCGAUGAUGUAGUAUCGCAUUCUGCUGCUGCUGCGGCAGCGGUUACCAGAAACCGUUGUUUGGAGAAUCAACGGAGUUCGGAAGAUGAGAAAUUACUUGAAUCGUUACCGCUUUUUUGUUUCCGUUCUGUUACUGGAAAUUUAACUGGCGUGGAUUGUGCUGUUUGUUUAUCGAAAUUUGAGCCGGACGAUCAGUUACGUCUGCUUCCGCUGUGUUUACACGCGUUCCACAGCGGUUGUAUAGACGCGUGGCUUGUAACAAACCAAACUUGUCCUCUCUGCAGGUCUCCUGUGUAUCCUACGGACGCAGAUGUGCUAAGUAAAGUGUUAGCGGCGGAAAACAACGACGCUCGCGCCGGGAAUAAUGAGCUACGGAAUAGUGGUAGUUUUCGGAUUGAGUUCGGUAGUGUAAGUCGCCGACGUGGCGGUUCCGAUUCACUCAGUGGUGAUGGUCAGAGAUCGUACUCGAUUGGCUCGUUCGAGUAUAUUGUGGAUGACGGUUACGAACUUUCAGCUGGCUCUAUUCACCAAAGAGGUGCUUCUGAAUGCACCGACAAGGAAUCGAUAGGAGUACCGAUACCGGCGCCUCCUGGAGAAAGCAUAGCUUCGGAUGUUUCCGGUGGUGGACGGAGUUGGCUUAGGGACUAUGUUGAUAGAAUCGCUUCACUUUCUCUCUCAUCUCGCUCAGUGUCAUUUCGGAGCUCCGGAAGGUUUUUCAACGGAAGUAGCCGGCGGAGCGACACCGUCGUUCCCAUUGACGAUUUGGAAGCUGGCCGGGUUGGGGAGGAGAUUAGCGAAUUGUUUCGCUGGCUCUCAGGGGUAUGAAUUUGUAUAUUCGUUUGCAUUACAGGGGCAAAAUUGUCUUUUAGUAUACUCUCUUGAUAUACACUAAAAAGGUGGGAAAAAAAACAUCAAAGAUUUGCUAUUUCCACUCCAAUAUCCAUUAUUUUUGUGAGUGGAUUUUAGCAACCAAAAAAAUUAGUGUGUACAUAGUAGAAACAAUUUAACCCAUUUUUUACUUUUUUUUUGUUUUACAUUUUUCUUUUUUUAAUCUAGGUUAAAGCAUGUCCAUGAAUGGUAAUGAUUCUAUUCUUUACGAGGAUUUGAAAAAAUCACAAGUCAAAAUAGCACUAUUGUUGGAGUGAUUAUUGGGAUUGAAUAGCUAGCGAUGAGUUGGUUGGGGUUUUAAAUGAAAUCA